AUGGACCGCCGCACUUCCGUCGCCGAGGGCUCGCUCAGCAGCAUCAACUGGGCAUCUGUCGCGCCUCCUCUGAUGCCACCGUCGGCCAAGACUGCCGAGAACCCUCUCCGCCGUCUAUCGCUCGCCCAGUCUGAGCUUCCUCCACCCCGCGCCCCAACUCCCGAACCAGUCCAAGACCGCCAUCGCCGCGAAUCCCUCGCGGCCCUCUAUCCCCCUACUCCGUCGGGUGUCAUCGCGCUAGCGCGCGAUGCGGCUUCUAACCAUUCAUCGUACUGGACCAACAUCUACCUAAUCCUAAUCCUCCCGCCCGUCUUAUUCUUCGCCUUAUCGCACCGCGUCGCCCUCGGGGUCUCGGCAGCAGCCAAGUCGACCUGGCACCUACUCACCGACGACCCGAACCACCCGGCGUACAAGAAAGCCGGCGCGCUCCAGAUCGCCGCCCAUCUCCUCAUGGUCCCCCUCUUCAUCGCCGUGCUUUACUUCAACCAGGGAUACUGGCCGAUCGAGUACUGCGCCUCGGCCCUGUUGGGGAUUAUGGUCAUUGCGCUUCUCCCGAUGCGCCCUCUCGCCGCGGUUAUUGUCAUGACAUCGAGCCGGCGCGCCAAACUCAAGGCACACGUUGGCGAGCAUGUGGAAAUUUACAUCCUCAGCACUACAGUCAUUGUUGUUGCCGUGGGCCUUUACGCCCUCCUCGGCCAUAUUAACGCCGGUGUCUACGAGGAGAUGCCUUCUGGGUUACAGAACCAGCUGGCGGAGCAGGUGGUGGCUCUCCGGGCCGAGCUCGCUGCCCUCAAGGCUGGUAAGGAGUAG